UCUUGUGGCAACGUUUAAAUUCCCGCGAACUUUUUUGCGAAAUUUCGAAUGCGAUCUGAUUUAGCUUAACACGAAAGUUAAGAUUACACGUAUUUUUAUCGAGUACGAGCUUUUAAUGAUCCAUGAACUUUUAGCAGACUUCGUAUAAUGAAGAACCAGAGUAUAAAUACUAGGGAAUAUGUAAAUAAUGUCGACAAUUUUUAUUCUCCUUUAUGUAAAUCGGGUUAUUUGACGCCUUUGCAGAGGAAGAAGUUAAGGGAGUUGAGGAAAGUGGAUUUGUCAUUGGAAUGUCCUAUUUCAUCGGAUCAAAAUUCUGAACGUAUACGUAAAAAAACGAAAAAUUCGUUAGGACAGUUUAAGAAGACAUCUCAUUUUCCAAAAAGAAAGCAUUCAUUGCUCACUAAAGCAAAAUACAUCUCUCAUGCUCCAAAAAAAGAAAAUAACCCUCAAUUACAUUGUGCCAUAACUCACCUUCUGGAAAAAAGGACUGUUGCUUGUAAAGAUCGUAAAUUUUUUAGGAGUCGCUCUCCUGACCAUCUUGAAAAAACUAAUAUCACUAUACCAUUAUGGGAAAAAAAUCUUCGCCUAGAUUCAACUUCUGUGGUGCAACUGGACAAUGGUAAGAAAUUGUGCUAUUCAGAAUUGAAUGAUAAAAAAGAUGAAGAGAGAGUUUGUGAAAAUGAUACCCCUAUACCUGAGAAAUGUAAAUUUGUGAAUAAGAAACUUCCAUCAGAAUUUUCUAAUGAGAGAAUGCAAUUAUCAUCAGUUGAAAAUAGAGAAUUUCCAACAGCAGAACAUUCCAAAAAAGUGCCAAGUAAGCAGAAUGUAAGUACAGGUUCAAAAGAAAAUUCUAACCCAUUUGAAUUUGAAUUUGACUGGCCACCAGAUGAAGUCUUAUUAGAAAGACAAAACAGGGAAAGAGAAAUUUAUAAAAGACGACUUAUGCAGCAUACUCUGAAUGUUCGAGUAAAUGAUAAGAAUAAUAAAAAUGCAUCUGAAAAUUCAAGUUCUGUAAAGUUAUAUCCUAUAUUUCUUCAUUCUAAAAUAUCUGAUGAAGGAACUGAAGCAAAAAGGGUAAAUUAUAAAAAGACAGCAAACUGCUUAAAAGAUGCAGCUAAAGCUAGUGAUCAGUUAAUUAUUGAUGCUGGCCAGAAAGACUUUGGGCCUAAACUCUGUGGCACCUGUGGCAUGGUAUUUUCUGCUGGUGAAGAAAAUGAUGAAACUGUCCAUGCAAAAUAUCAUGAUAUGUAUCUUAUCAAUCUCAGAUUUCCUGGCUGGAAGAACGAACAUGUGGUAGGAGAAUAUACAGACGGCCGCAUUAUUAUGGUUACAAAAGAAAGUAAAAACUUCAUGCUAAAAAAAGUGAAAGAAAUUUUAGUUAUUGCUAAUAGGGACUUAGGUUUUCCUUCUGAUAGUUUCCCAGUAAGGCCAAAUGCAACUUUUUUGUUGUUUAUUUCAAAUGAUAAAAGAGUUGCUGGAUGUGUGGUUGGUGAAACUAUUACUUCAGCAUGCCGCGUUAUUCUGGAUACAAGAAAAAAUUCUAUAACUUGUGAGAGUAAAGAAAAAGAACUAAACAAUGUUUGGAAGAUAGGUAACUGGUGCUGCAGUUCUGAGGCAGUUCCUGCUAUUUGUGGAGUUAAUCGCAUUUGGGUUGCUAAAGAAUAUAGGCGCCGCAAAAUAGCAUCCCGUUUGAUGGAUUGUUUGAGGUGUCAUUUUGUAUAUGGGUAUGUUGUUGGCAUACGAGAAUUGGCAUUUACAGAUCCUUCUCCUGAUGGAAGAGAGUUUGCAGCUGCUUACACUGGAACAGAUAAUUUUCUUGUCUAUAAAUAAUUAUAGAAUUGUUCUUUAAGAAAAUUUCGGUUUUUAUUUAUUUCAUUUUUGAAUUUUUAUUCCAGGCUAUUUUGAACAGUGAUUGUAUUAAAUUUUGUACUAUAUAACGUUAAUGAGGCUAUUUUGAGCUGUAAUUGUAUUAAAUUUUGUACUGUAUAAAAUAUAUGUAUUAAUUUAAUAUAUUAAUUUGAAUUACUAUGCAUCAGGAUUUUUCUGGACUACUUUAAGAUUUUGUUCCAUAGAUUUUAUUGUGUAUCAUUCAAAUAUAAAUUUGUAAAAAUAGCUUUGGUUUUAUUUUUUAGAUACUUUCUUUUUAUCUGAUGUGAUUAUAAUUAUAAUGACUGUGAUUUCAUUUGAAAUCUGAAGCAAAGGCAUUUAAAAUGUAUAUGAAUGUUCAAAAUUUUUUAUGGACAUAAUAUUAUCUUAUUAAAUUCUGAAUGGGUUGAGGAGAGGGAAGAACUAUGCUAUAGUAGAAUUAGUAUUGAAAAUAGAAAGCUGUAAAGAAUUAUUUAAUUAUAUUAUACCCAUUUUAAGUUGAUCAAUAACAUUCACAUCAAGCCAUUUUAAAUAACACUGUGAUCGCUCACAUAGUUCAAUACUAUAAUUUCUCUGUACCAUUACUGACAUAUUUUAUGUAAAUCCAUGCAUAAAAACAUUUUAUAAUUUUCUGGCAUCUAGGUAUACUUUUGGUUAACUGAAUUUUUCAGAAAUAACAUGGUGCUUUUUAACUGUUUUAAAUAUGAUUAAAAUAGGAUCUGAACAUUAAAUUUAAUAACUUUUGGAAACUAUUUUUAUAUGUAUGUUUCUUAAUUAUUCAUUAAAGUGAUUAACCUUGCAAAGUUGUAUACAUGUAAUUUGUUCUUUUCAAUAAAGAGUUUAUGAAAUGAA